AUGCUCUUCUUCGGCAACUUCCUCUACAUUGCCGUGCUGCUCAUCAACGCCGUCGCCGUCCUCAGCGAGGACCGCUUCCUCGCCCGCAUCAACCUCUCCCCCGCCUCCUACGACCCGGCCUUUGGCAUCGGCGCCGACGCGAGCAUCAAGGCCAAGAUCAUCCACCUCAUAGCCAGCAUCCGCACCAUUAUGCGCAUGCCCUUGGUCUUCAUCAACACUGUCAUCAUACUCUACGAGCUGGUGCUUGGAUGA